AAACAAGAAGUUAAAGUAUACAGGUAGGUCAUCCAGGAAGGAGAGGUUUGGUUAAAGAAAAACUAGGGACAACUUGGAAGACAGGAGCUCUAUUGGACACACAUUAUGCGCAGGAGAACUCGUUGGGAAAGAUGUACGUGAGCUAUCUUUUGGAUAAGGACAGCAGCAUGUACUCCAAUUCUGUUAGACACCCCAGCCUGAAUUUGAACCCACAGAAUUUUGUACCGCCGCCUCCGCAGUAUUCGGAUUUUGCCGGCUAUCACCACGUAUCUGGAAUAAACAAUGACCCACACCACGGCCAAACGACGGGCACCUGGAGCCCCGCUUAUGCACCUGCAAGGGAGGACUGGCCCACUUACGCACCCGGGACAGGGCCUUCAACUUCAAACCCGGGCCAGAUUACAUUUAGCCCCCCAGAUUAUAAUCCAGUGCAGCCCCCAGGCCCGGGGAUACUGCCUUCCCCCCUCAAUUCUUCAGUCGGUCAACUGUCUCCAACAUCAUCACAAAGAAGAAACCCUUACGAAUGGAUGAGACGGAGUGCCCCGCCAACAACUAUGGGAGGAGAACACUAUGAGAUCGAAGACUUUGAUGUCCGUUCCCUCACAGCACCGAUAGACAAAUCUCGAAAACUUUGCAAACAUGAAGGAUUCCCGAUUCCUGCAGCAGCUUUUCUCUACGGAGGAAAAACCAGAACAAAAGACAAAUACCGGGUGGUGUACACAGAUCACCAGAGACUGGAGCUGGAGAAAGAAUUCCACUAUAGCCGGUACAUCACCAUCAGACGCAAAGCAGAGCUUGCAGCAGCACUUGGUCUUUCAGAACGACAGGUAAAAAUCUGGUUUCAAAACCGACGUGCCAAGGAGAGGAAGAUGAAUAAGAAGAAAAUGCAACAAUCUCAGCAGGCAUCUACUACCACCCCCACUCCUCCUGGCGUGGGGUCAACAGGCAAUGUUGCCAUGGUGAGCAGCAGCAGUGGCCUGGUCUCCCCAUCCAUACCAAUGACUGUUAAAGAGGAAUACCUGUCCUAACGACUGCAAGAAUGAGCGACACACAACCAACAAAUGACCAACAACACAAAUUCAUGCCUGAAAUCACACUGAUCCCAGGAUACAACUUCAGCAUGAAGAACUUUUUUUUAAAAGAAUAUUCUUCUAUAGCUUGCUGUGCUUUUGUAAAAAAAAUAUAUAUAGAAAAAAGAAAAAUAUAUAUGACUGUCUAUAUGACUGGUAAAUGUGAGCCUCUUUGACCUGCUUUGCUUUCCAAUGCCAUACCUAAACAGCUUAUAACCAAAGAGAUAUUAUGUAAAUGAAGAUGAUUUGAUAUUCAAUUUUGAGAUGUGUAUAUGGUUUAAAUAAUUUGUAUUAAAAUCUUUAUGUUAUGCUGCUUAAUAAUGUUAUUAUUUGUGAUAAUGGGAAAGGGGGUCUAUGGAGCUGAAUAUGUCACUGAAAAUAAAGCACAAAGACUUUGUCCUGAAUAUGAUCUCACUGUUCACAAUUUUUAAGAAGUUUAUUGUUUCAUUGUUCUUCUAGACUAUCAAAGACAAAAGGUAUUUCUUGAUUUCUGAUGCUUCAAAUAUACAGUUUAUAUCAGAAUUCACAACUUAAAUCAAGAGAUGAGGUGAAACAAACUCAAUGAUCACUUAAAAUUAAUCACAUAAAUGAGAUUAAACCGGGGACAAGAGGACAUUGAGAACCUGCCAAGUAAAAUGAACAAGAUCUAUUUUGACAACUUGAACUGUGCAUGCUCAGAACAAAGUACCAUGAUACAAUAUUAUAGUGGAUACUUAAUGAUACUUCAGAAACGGGUUUGAUGAGAUUCUUGGGUCAAUCAGUUACCAAGAGAAACUUAUACAAUCAAUUCUAAAUGGCAUAAGAUGCAUUUUGUAAAAAUGUGAAUACGUGUGUUAGAUGUGUUUAUCCUGAAUUAUUUGAUCAUUACAACGUGAUGCUGCAGUACUACAUAAGUACAGUCUGAAGCUUGUAUUUACAUGGUUUAAAGUCAGUGCAACCAAAAAUGUGCAAUAUUUUUUUUAAAGAUUCAUAGACAAGGUGUGAUUGUCAGCUGAACUGACAGUUAUUGAACAUAGGCCCACGUGUAUACAUCUUAAUAAAUGAUUUUGAAUGAAUGCA